GUUUGUUUGUAUGUGGUUUGUUUAUGUCGACUGUCAGAUUAGCUUUUAAAAAAUCAAUUAAAUUUACAUACGAAAUUGGAGGUACAAUUCGAUAAUUCGAAUGUAGUUUUCGGUUCAUGUAACGAGUGUUUAGUGUUAGUCUUCACGUGCAUCACAUACGAGUUCGGCCACUGAUCGGUAUGUUGAAUAAUAAUUGGUAUUCAGCGAAUGUAGGAAAACAUACACAUAGUUUUAGUGAUCUGAUUUUAACGUAAUAGAGAAAGCUUUAGCAGGUUUCCAUUAAUUAAUAUGAUUUUAUAACAGCAAUUGUGUUGAAGAUCUUUACAGGGAGUUUAUCUCGUUAUUCGCCAUAUCAUUUCUAUAGUUCUGAUAAAGCUGAUAACCUGCUAUCAAAAGUGUUAAAAUGUUUAUUGAUCUAAGCUCUUUCUAACUGCUCUGUUUUCUUAAUUCUCAUCCUACCUGGGCCACUAAUAAUUAGAUUUUUUAACUGUGCACAAGUGUAGUGUAGUGUCGCGUAGACUAUGGCUGCUGUAAGUUCAAACAGUAUCAAUACAAACAGUGGAAAUUACACACCGCAAUGGAAAAAGGACCUUAUAGCCAGGUUGAAGACUCAAAACAGGCAGAGUGAGGAACGCCUUUGGACCGAACAUCACCCGCCUCAUCAUCACUCUGCAAGGACAGAUUUGGUUUGUUCAAUGUCGCCGGAAAAUGGCUUUGGCAAAGAUCUGGAUUCGGCAGGAUCCUCGGACUCGGAGGAUCUUCACUAUGGUCCCGGCAUAGUGAAUCGCUUGCGAAAUAAAUACCUGAGUCUGGCUCUAAGGGAAAGCAACGCUAGACCCACUAUUUUGAGGAAAGCCACCAGUUUGGAGAAUCUUCUUGAUGAUGAUGGCGACCGCGAAAGUGAAAAAGAGGAGUUGUUUACCCGUCGGAGUGGUGGCAAUGAAGGAAGCAAUCGAUACAGAUCAGCCACUCGUCGCCAAGAAAUGAAACGAGCUCGUUCAGUUGAAGUCAUAUCGCGAACUAAUCAUUACGAUGAAGAACUGUCUAUGACAUCAGUUACAACGAAGAUCAACAACAGACAGUCACUUCAUGAAGAUAUGCUCAAUGUAAAAAAUGAAGAAAUGGCUGUUUUAAUAGAAGAUGCCAGGCCAUACAAAAAAUCAGUAGCAAUUGAAAACAACAUCGAAGAGACCGAUAAAUACAGCCGAAGAAUAAACAGGCCGAAACGGAUUCCUCCAUUACUCAACGAGCGAGAAAAGCCGCCGGUUGAUGUGGUCAAACAUGCCAAGAUGAUUUUCGAGAAACGACCGGAAACACGAACCAAGAAACCUCAUCAUACUGGCGAAGUUGCAGCUAAAGUUAACAGUUUUAACAGCAUGAUCGUUAAAACUAAAUUAGCUGCAAAACCUCCAUGGAAAUCUGUAAAACUUGUAAAGCCUCUACCAAACGGCGACGUGGCUGCCAAAGUAGAUAGUUUCAACGAUAUCAUAGUUAAGACAAAAGUAGCUUUGAAGUCGACGAAACCAACGAUAAAAUCCACAAAACCAGUACUAAAUGAUAGAUGUAAAAGUAAUACUCAUCACGUUCGGCCGGUGGCCAAACCAGUAAUUUUAAGCGAAGAAAUGUUAAAGCCCAAAACCCUGAAUCUUAGUUCUCCCAGGCAGGAGAAAAAAGGGUUUAACAGUUUGCCUAGUCCCAUUCCUGAUGUUUCCAGAGUCGACAUCAAAAGUGCUGAUGGAAGUGAUUCAAGAAGCUCAAAUUUACUAUGUGAAACACCCGAUUUAAUAUUAACCUCAAGUCCUUUGCCAAAAAUUACCUCUCCCACUUACCGCAGAAGAAGCACCGAGAAUUUCAUCAAGGAGGAGCGGAAACGGUCUGCUCAGAACCACCCCGAAGCCACAAACACGCAUAUCAUCAGUCCAGUUCACAGUCCUUCAAAGCCCACUUCAUUAGUUUUCAACCGGGACGAGUCGGAUACAUUUGGGAUAAAAAUGAUUUCUCCUAUCUCACAAAGCAACAUCACCAAGAGCUCAGCCACAUCAGUCUAUAACUUUAUGAACGCACAAGUUGAUCAGAGACACUUACCUUCCACUGUAAAGCAGAAUAGGAGUCCGAUUUCAGAACCACCCAAAAGCGAAUAUAAUGGUUUCGGUACCAGUAAAAUUAAAAUGGGCUUAUCUGCAUUUGAAAUGGAAAAAAACCUGAAAAAUUCUGCAAAAUCGGGUAUAGAAAAUGGUGCUCAAGAACUAGUGGAGGAUUCAGUGGAACAUCGUAGUGAAAGCCUUGAAAAUAUCAGUGAUUUGGAGCCUAGUCGGAGCAGAAGUGCAGACAAUUCUAGAGUUCAAGGGGAUGUGGUUGAGUUUGAAAAAACUGACAAUCACAAAAGCAAGCACAACUUAGGCAAAAGCGUCGGCAAGACGAGCAGUAUUUUCGAAAACCUUGGCAAAAGCAAUAAAACUGCUCCAAGCUGGUUUGAACCAUCUUACAAGCUGAACAAGACGCCGAACAUCUCAAGUGGCACCGAUUCAUCGCAAAAUUACACAGAAGAAUCGGAGCAAGUGGAAACCACUGAUAAGCCUAAGCAGGAAGUUGAAUCACUCGAUGUUGUGGGAUCCGGAAAUCUGCCUGACACCCGAAUGAAAAAAAGUGACGAGGAAGUGAGCAAAACCAAAGUAGAUCUCGUGAAAUUAUCCGAAACUGUUAAGAGUGUGCAAAGUGCCAGUAACAAAAACAGUGCAGUGACAUCCGAAAUUAGUGAUAAUAAACCGAUCAAAAUAGUGCUGCCUAAGAAACCAAAGCCCAGGAAAGAAGAAGCAACUAGUGCAGUAUUUAACUUUACGACUAGAAAAGAUGUGCCAGAUUACAUCUCUAAUGAUACGAGUCGGACCGCUAGCAGACCUGUAAUUCCUAAGCCGGAUGAACCAGGUAUUAAGCUUUUGCCCGAUGCUCUUCUCACCGGCUUCCAGGACGUUUGGGAGGAAGAUGAAUUGAUUCGUUCUUUGGAAGCGCGUCCUCCCAGUCCUUGCGACGUGACCUUCAUCAACGAUAACAUCCUGAUUGAUGGAAAAUCUAGUCUUAUUCAAAUCACCUCGAAAAGAACAAAGUUAAAGAUUUCUUUCGUCGACGAUGCCGAUAUUUACGAGUAUCCUUCCGAAACAUCCCUGCUGUUGGAUGAGGCCCAAAUAUCCACAUUAGCGGGCACUGCUCAAGUAGGUCACACCAUUCCAACACUUUCUGGUUCUUCGCUGGCCACAUACACGCCUAAAACCACCGAAACAUUCCAACUAGGGGUAACAAAGAGCUUUCAAGAAACAUCCACAGCUCCAAAGGUUGGGGUUCAAGUGAACCAAGAAGUGUCCCAAGCGGAUGUACUUUUGGAGGAAACUGUAGAGCCGGUACUGUUCAGUUCAGGCAGUACUAGUGAUAUACUGUUUUGAAACUAUGUGAUUUCCUAACUGGUGCCGACAGCCAAAAUUGGAAGUUUCAAUUGACAACAUCAACUGAUUAAUGAUGAUUUAAAACCAAAAGCUGCUGCAUCAAAACCAUUUGUUUGGAGCUUAAUGUUUGCUUGAAACAUUCCUGAAUUUAUACACAUUCUUUUGCAACACUCCAUUUACAAGAACUCACAGAUCCGUAAUAUAUUUUUACGGUAACUUUAUCAUGAAUGCUUCUACACAUUAAAUAUUUGCCAAUAUUCGGUUUAUUUUUGCAUGUUUUGGAAGAUUUUUAUGAUAAUUCGAGAAAAGGCAGCAUACAUUUAUCUCCAGGAUUCCUUCAGUUCCUCAUUGCCAAUGAUAAAUUUGAAUAGACUGGGCUUCAAAUGGUUUCCACGUAGUUUCUUUAGUUUUGUAAUAAAUCAUUACAAACUGCAUGAUUAUCUGUGAUUUAAGUAAAACCCUAUUUUCUAAGUGAUACAGUCAUUCAGCUCACGCAAGAGUAAAACAUCGUGUUGUGUGCAUUUGAUUUUGAAUGAAGCCAAUAGUUUAUAAGGUACGCUAUAAUGCCUCAGUAUUUUAUGAAGUACUUUUAUAAGACAUUUACUAUACUUUUAAAAAAAGUUACAUUCCAGGAAAUUAAUCUUAGUUUAAUGUCAACAAAAUAAUAUUAACGAGUUUUGUGCCUUUAAUAUUUGUCUGCAGAAAAUAGUAUAUGUAAUGCUUUGAUUGAUGUACCUAUUUGUACUUACAACAAUAUUUUCGAACCCUUAGUAGAGUAUAAUUUUGGACCAAUUUCUUAAACAUUUGUAUAAUACCCUAGCUUUCACUCAAACCCCUCUUUUUCUGUUGCAACAGAAGACGUUGCUCUUUACAGUCCAAGUCACUAAAAAUUUGAUUGUAAAACGUUCGAUAAAUUGUAUAUGAAGCGGUGAACAUAUUGUGUGACGAUAAGCUGUGUAUGAAGUAAGCUUCCUGCUUUUAAAUUAAUUAUAUCAUUGUAAUAUCGGUUUCGUAUACGUCGUUUUUAAAAAUAUAUACACGUAUUAUUUAUUAAA